GCUGGCAACCCUGUUUUUUUUUUAUUCGUCCAUUUUCUUCUUUUGACUUUUUGAUCGACGUUUGCCGUGUGUGUCGUGUGCCGAUUCUUGUAAUCUUCAAUAUUUAUUGAAAUUCCAUCACCUCGUGUUUCCCGGUUUCGGAUUUUACUCACAAUCAGCCAUGUCGAUCCACAUCAAAGAUGCCGAGGACCUGAAGACCCGCCUGUCAGCCGCGGGAGACAAGCUGGUCAUCAUCGACUUCAUGGCCACGUGGUGCGGCCCCUGCAAGAUGAUCGGGCCCAAGCUCGACGAGAUGGCCGCUGAGAUGGCCGACUCUAUCGUCGUACUUAAGGUCGACGUGGACGAGUGUGAAGACGUGGCGGCCGAGUACAACAUCAACUCAAUGCCGACAUUCGUCUUCGUGAAGUCCUCCAAGAAAAUCGAGGAAUUCUCGGGCGCCAACCCCGACAAACUCAAGCAGGUCAUCCUCAAGCACAAGUAAAUUCUCAACUGGCAACCCUGAGCGUGCGUCAAAAUGGCGGCAAAACAAAAUGGCCGCUGACCACGUGCGUUUUAGGUUAUGUUGCAAAACACGCCGCAAAUACCACAUAAUAAGAUAAUAAUGUACGUUUCAUUUUGUUUUUCACAUAGAUUACUUACCUGCAGGAUUAAGGUUUUUAUUAUUGUUUGUUUUUUAGAGAACACGAUGCAUCAUAAUUCGUAAGUGGUGAUAUAUUUUUGUAUAUUUAUCUCGUCAGUGUCUUAUUGUUGUAUUUAGAGAAGCACCCCAGUUAGUAAAAUUGUGGUUUUUUAUACGCAAAUUGUUCAAUAUUUGUAUUUAAUUGGGUGCGAGCACCUGUGAUAGGGUCAACAAACUGUAUUAUUUCUUGUGUAUCGCAUUUUAUGUAUGUUGCAGAGUAUUGUUACUUCAAUAAAUAUUACCAAUUACAA